CAAAAAGUAAACAAAGUAAGCACACCACACGGCGGUUAACUGUGGAGGGAGAAUCUUUGUUCAUUGUUUGAGUGCUUGAAUUGUCGUUUCGUCUUGCAAUGUCUCAGGAGAGUUUACAGGAGAACGGGACGCCCAAUGCCAACGAGACCAGCCCGACGUCGGCAGACUCCUCUGUUGGUGGGAAGGAGCUCAGCGGAGGACAGAGGUCGCCAAGGUUGAAUGGGUCUGCUGGGGAUGGAGAGGCGGCGGCUGGUGGUGCUGAUGGUGUGUCUGUCGCUGAAGGUGACGGUGGCGGUGAGGAGCCGCCGGUUGUUGAAGCUGGGAAUGCCCCUGGUGGGGAGGAUGUUCAAGAGGCGGAUGUUCAAGAAGACGACCAGGAGGACGUUGCGGACGCUGAGCAGAACAGCGACCUGCCAACGCCUCUGCCAAAGAUUGUGGUUUCGCCGGAGCGCCAACACUUAAGAACAACUUCAAAUGCCUCUUUAUCUUCGGUUGGGUCCCGUAAUGCUUCACACUUGGCGUUUGUCAAGAGCGCAAUCACUCUCAUUGCAGAUCACAAGGAUAGUAAGAAAAACACAAUUCUGCUGAACUCUUCCAAGAAGACAUUGGAGAAGUUGCAAUCCGGAUUCGAUUCCACGCUUGUUUUCGAGACGUUGCGUACUGCAAUCGAAACUAAGCACCAGGACAUUGUCGUUAUUGCGUUGGAUUGUCUUUCAAAAGUUUUCACCUUCCAACUCUUUGAACAGAUCCAGGUGCCACCUUCAAAGAGUAUCACUGCGUUGGUUGAUGAUUCAGAUAUCCCACAACAGUCAAACAUCACACCUCCUCCAAGGGUUAACCUCGUUGAUGCCGCUGUGGACACGAUUGCAGCUGCCUUCCAAGGUGAAGGCUCCAGUGAACAGAUUGAAAUCCAAGUGAUUAGAGCUUUGGUUGCAGCGGUGUUGAACGAAAGCCUUCCGGCUCAUGGCUCUACCUUGCUUAAAGCAGUGAGACAGAUCUAUAACAUUUUUAUCUUGUCUUUAUCACCGAUGAACCAAGGUGUUGCACAAGCUUCCCUAACCCAGAUUGUGAAUUUUGUCUAUGAAAAAGUUGAAAAGUUCACCUCAAAGACCCUACCAAAGAGCCCAUCCACCUUAGACGUUGAUCAAUCUACAAAUGAACCAACACAGGAUGAACCUUUGAAUUUGGAAACUUUAAAGAGUUUGAACGAUGAAGAUGAACGUUUAGUGGAUCAGUCAAAUGAUAUUGGUGACGAAAGUGAGCUCGCUGUUAAGGAUGCAUUCUUGAUCUUUAGAGCUAUGUGUAAACUCUCUGUAAAGAAUUUGGAAAAUGAUUCAUUGGAUAUGAGAUCACAUGCAGUUCGUUCAAAAUUGAUUUCUUUGCACAUUAUUCAUUCAAUCAUUAAGGAACACAUUGAUGUCUUUUUAUCAACUACUGUUGUUAUUCGCUCGCCUUCAUCAAAGGAGGAUACUAUAUUCGUCGACGCUGUUAGACAAUACUUGUGCCUUUCAAUCUCUAGAAAUGCAGCUUCGGCAAUUUCUCCUGUUUUUGAAACCACUUUGGAGAUCUUUUGGUUGAUCAUGUCCAAUUUGAGGUAUCAGUUCAAACGUGAAAUUCCUGUGUUUUUAUCAGAAAUUUACUUCCCUAUCGCGGAACUAAAAACUGCAACAUCUCAUCAAAAGAGAUACUUCUUAGUCGUUGUCCAAAGAUUAUGUAACGAUCCAAGAGCUCUCAUUGAAUUCUAUUUGAACUAUGAUUGCGACUCAUCGCUGCCAAAUAUCUGUGAAAGACUGGUUGACUAUCUUAUCAAGCUUGCAUUAACCCGUGUUGAAGUCACACCUAAGCAAAAGGCGGAGUACAAAGAGCAUGCAACAAAGCCAAUCGCGACGUAUAACUUGUCCCAAUUGCCAAUGUUGUCCAUCUCCAAACUUUCAACCCAGAUUUCCAUCCCUGAUAGCGCACUACCCUACCCUGUUGAGUAUGCUUUGAAGGUUACCUCGAUGGAUUGUAUUGUGGGUAUUCUAAGAUCAUUGAACUCUUGGGCACAAAAGGGUCUGGCCCCAGAAAUGAGAUCAUCAUCAGCAUCUAACUUCAGAAAAAGAUCAAGCACUGGUGGUUCUGGAUCAUUACCACAGUUGACUCUGUCCACUGAUGAAAUCGAUGACCCUCAGGAAUUUGAGAAUUUGAAGCAACGUAAAACAGCUCUUCAAGAAGGUAUUAGAUUGUUUAACUUCAAGGCAAAGAAAGGUAUCGAUUAUUUGAUUAAGCAAGGUUUUAUUGAGAGUAAAGAACCCCAAGUCAUUGCUAAAUUUUUGCUGAACCAGCAUGGAUUGGACAAGUCGGUUAUUGGUGAAUACUUGGGUGAAGGUGACGACGAACACAUCGCCAUCAUGCAUGCAUUUGUUGAAUUGAUGGAUUUCACCAAUUUGAAGUUUGUGGAUGCCAUGAGACGUUUCCUCCAAGCUUUUAGACUUCCAGGUGAAGCACAAAAGAUUGAUCGUUACAUGUUGAAAUUUGCAGAACGGUACGUUGAAGGAAACCCAGGUGUGUUUGCAAAUGCCGAUACCGCCUAUGUUUUGGCUUACUCUGUAAUUAUGUUGAACACAGAUCAGCAUUCAAAAAAUGUUAAGAAUAGAAUGACUGUUGAAGACUUCUUGAAGAACAACUCUGGUAUUGACAACGAACAAAACUUACCAGAUGAGUUCUUGACCGAUAUCUUCAACGAGAUUGCUAAAAAUGAGAUCAAACUUCAGUCGGAACAACAUGCAGCAUUGUUGUCUGGUGAAUUGGCUCCAGCUCAACCGCAGGGAUUUGCUCUAUUUAGUGGACGUGAUGUUAACAGAGAAGCGUAUAUACAAGCCUCAAAAGAGAUUUCCAAUAAGACAGAGAAACUGUUCAAGACAUUGGGACGCUCUGGAAAGACUGUUUUCUACUCUGCUUCCCACAUAGAGCAUGUUAAGUCUAUCUUUGAUACGUUAUGGAUGUCUUUCUUGGCAGUUUUGACAAGCUUAUUGAAGUCUGAGGAUGAUGAGGACGCUGUUGCCUCGUGUUUGGAAGGUUUGAAAUUGGCUAUUUCCAUCUCCUCUAUAUUUGAUCUGGAAGAUGCAAGAACUUCAUUCAUUGGUGCAUUGGUUCAGUUCACUAACUUGACCAAUGUCAAGGAAAUGCAAAACAAAAACGUUGAAGUUAUUCUGUUACUUUUGAAAUGUGGUGAGCAGUUUGGAAAUCAUAUGAAGGGCUCGUGGAGAGAUAUUUUGACUACUGUGUCGCAAACCGAAAGAUUACAAUUGAUCGCUAAGGGUAUUCAAGCAGAUGUUGUUCCUGAUGUUGCUAAUGCUAGAGUUCAUAGAACCUCAUUAGAGAGUGUCAGAAGUCACAACACUGGUUAUUUCUUUGGUCUAGGUAAGAAAGCAACGCCGAUUGAACAAGCACAAAUUGAUCACUACGAUCAACGCUUGGAUCCGGAAAUCGGGUUAAGAUUGGCAUCAUCUGAAAUUUCAAUUGCCAUUGACAAGAUUUUUACUCAGAGUUCAACAUUGAACGGUACGGCAAUCGUGGAUUUCAUCAAAGCACUUACUGAAGUUGCUUUCGAGGAGAUUGAGUCUUCCUCGGACAGCACUACACCAAGAACUUUCUCACUUCAAAAGGUUAUCGAUGUUUGUCACUAUAAUAUGGGAAGAAUCAGAGUUGAGUACACAAGUAUUUGGAAUGUCAUUUCUGAAUUUUUCAAGAAAAUCAUUGAUAAAGACCAUAACCUGUCUGUUAUUUUCUUUGCGUUGGAUUCGUUGAGACAGUUAUCUAUGCGUUUCAUGGACAUUGAAGAGUUGGCGGGCUUUAAAUUCCAAGAAGAUUUCUUGAAGCCAUUCAACUACAUCCUACAACACGCUAAUGACCUUGAGGUGACAGAUAUGAUCUUAAACUGUUUGAGCAAUUUGAUCCAAUUGAAGGGUUCAAAGAUCAAAUCUGGUUGGAAGACUAUUUUCACUGCUUUAGAUUAUACUGCGAACGAUACCAAUGAAAAUUCUGUUCGUAAAACCUACGAGAUUGUCGAUUCUGUUUACAGAGACCAUGCUGAGACUGUUUUAUUACAGGAGGAGACUUUUGGUGAACUUGUUGGUGUUUUAGCUACAAUUGCAAAGAACUCCAAGUUCCAGAAAGUUGGACUGCAGAGUUUGAACAGAACGAAGAAGAUAAUCAUUAGAGUUGCAGAGCUUACCCUGGAUUCCCAGCCUGAUGAUCCUAUUCUAAAGCAUCACAAGGAUCUAUUCAAGGAUCUGUGGUAUCCAGGACUCUCAAGUCUUAAUGAUGUUAUUAUGACCUCGGAGGAUUUGGAAAUCAGAUCUAGGGCAUUGAACUACAUGUUUGAUAUCUUGGUGCAGUUUGGAAACAGGUUCAGUCCAGAGUUUUGGGAUAAGAUCUGUGUUGAACUUUUGUUCCCAAUCUUUGGAGUUCUUUCGAAACAUUGGGAGAUUAACCAAUUCAACAGCCACGAUGACAUGUCUGUUUGGUUAUCAACUACUCUGAUCCAGGCUUUGAGAAACAUGGUUGCUCUAUUCACCCAUUACUUUGAUACUCUGAGUAGAAUGUUGGAUGGGUACCUUGGUUUAUUGAUCUCUUGUAUAUGCCAAGAGAACGACACCAUAGCCAGAAUUGGAAGAUCAUGUUUCCAACAGUUAAUUACUCAAAACAUGGACAAGUUCACCCAAGACCAUUGGGAUAAAGUUACCGAUGCGUUUGAGAAACUAUUUGAGUUGACCACUGUUAAUGAAUUGUUCGACGCCGAUCCCUUAAGAGCUGAGAGUUCUAUAGCAGAGUCCCCAUCUAGCGUUGCCCUCAACGAGUCGGAGAGUGUUGAUGUUGGUAGCACAUUGUCCAACGGACAGUCUAACGGGAAUGUUUUGAAGGCCAAGGGUUCUGGCGAGUUGCGUUCCAAAUCAAGGACCAAGAAUUCGAUCGUUAUCAAGUGUAUCUUGCAACUUUUAAUGAUUGAGACUGUUAGCGAACUAUUCGAAGAUGAGCAAUUUUAUGACUUGGUUCCGUACAAUAAUUUGAUGAGACUUACGAGUCUCUUGGAGAGAUCGUUCAGAUUCUCGAGAAAGUUCAACGACGAUUACAACCUUAGAGUGAGAUUGUGGAAGUCCGGUGUUAUUGAUAGAUUGCCAAAUCUCCUAAAACAGGAAUCCUCUUCAGCUGCGGUGUACAUCGGUGUCACCUUUAAAGUGUACAGCGAUGCAGGGAAGAUUUCACAGAAGCAAAAGGAUGGCAUAAGCGCAAGCCUAAUCCCCAUGUGCGUCUCCAUUAUUGAGAGAUACACACAGCUCGAUGAUAACAAGCAGCAGAGAAACGUGGCCACAUGGAGACCAGUCGUUGUUGAAAUCCUCCAAGGGUAUUGUGAAUUGGAGGAGAAGGACUUUAUAAGGAACUGUCCACACGUUUACGACUUGAUGUUGAACAUCUUGGACAAGAGCGUUCCUACAGAGCUGAGAACAGCGUUGAAGGCCUUCUUCGGCCGCGUUGGCGACGUGUACAUUAACGAAGAGAGAUGAUUGUCUCCUAGUCCCUCUCUCUUCUUUUCUUUCCAGUAUAUAUAUAUCAAUCACCAUUAUUAUCAUUGAAGAAAGUGUUGAAGCUACCAAAAAGACAUCAUAAUAAAUCCUGCAAACAGACGACGGGGUUCAUAACGCUGUUUAGAGUUUAAAAGCAACCACAGCAACAACUAAAAUUCGCGAAGAUCUUCUUUUUUCAGCGUGCUGAUAUUUACGCUGGACGGCGAAGUUCCUACAGAGGUUGCAUGCUGAGAUUUACUCGAAGCGGAAGUUGAAAUUUUUCGACGCCGACGCUGAAAAAAAAAGUGGAAAGUUCAACGAAAUCUCAAGGCCUUUUCUCUCUUCUCUAUAAGUUCUCUCUGACUUAGUAUUCACCUAUAUAUCUUUCCCCCCAAUACAAGAUGAGCG